AGCCGGGCAGCGGCGGCGCUGAGGGGAGGCGACCUCCCCGCCGGGGCACCUCCGACGCCAGCAUGCCGCGGCCGGGCCCCCGCCUGUGGCUGGUCCUGCAGGUGAUGGGUUCGUGCGCCGCCAUCAGCUCCAUGGACACGGAGCGCCCGGGCGACGGCAAGUGCCAGGCCAUCGAGAUCCCGAUGUGCAAGGACAUCGGCUACAACAUGACCCGCAUGCCCAACCUGAUGGGCCACGAGAACCAGCGCGAGGCCGCCAUCCAGCUGCACGAGUUCGCGCCGCUGGUGGAGUACGGUUGCCACGGCCACCUCCGCUUCUUCCUGUGCUCGCUGUACGCGCCCAUGUGCACCGAGCAAGUCUCCACCCCCAUCCCCGCCUGCCGGGUCAUGUGCGAGCAGGCCCGGCUCAAGUGCUCCCCGAUCAUGGAGCAGUUCAACUUCAAGUGGCCCGACUCGCUGGACUGCAGCAGGCUCCCCAACAAGAACGACCCCAACUACCUGUGCAUGGAGGCGCCCAACAACGGCUCGGACGAGCCCUCCCGGGGCUCCGGCCUGUUCCCGCCGCUCUUCCGGCCGCAGCGGCCGCACGGCGCGCAGGAGCACCCGCUCCGGGACGCGGGCCCGGGGCGCGCCAGCUGUGACAACCCGGGCAAGUUCCACCACGUGGAGAAGAGCGCCGCGUGCGCGCCGCUGUGCGCGCCCGGCGUGGACGUGUACUGGAGCCGCGGCGACAAGCGCUUCGCCGUGGUCUGGCUGGCCGUGUGGGCCGUGCUGUGCUUCUUCUCCAGCGCCUUCACCGUGCUCACCUUCCUCGUCGACCCGGCGCGCUUCCGGUACCCCGAGCGCCCCAUCAUCUUCCUCUCCAUGUGCUACUGCGUCUACUCCGUGGGCUACCUCAUCCGCCUCUUUGCCGGCGCCGAGAGCAUCGCCUGCGACCGCGACAGCGGACAGCUCUACGUCAUCCAGGAGGGGCUGGAGAGCACCGGCUGCACCCUCGUCUUCCUGGUCCUCUACUACUUUGGGAUGGCCAGCUCGCUGUGGUGGGUGAUUCUCACGCUCACCUGGUUCCUGGCGGCGGGCAAGAAGUGGGGCCACGAGGCCAUCGAAGCCAACAGCAGCUACUUCCACCUGGCGGCCUGGGCCAUCCCGGCCGUGAAGACCAUCCUGAUCCUGGUGAUGCGCCGGGUGGCGGGGGACGAGCUCACGGGCGUGUGCUACGUGGGCAGCAUGGACGUGAACGCCCUCACCGGCUUCGUGCUCAUCCCGCUGGCCUGCUACCUCGUGGUGGGCACUUCCUUCAUUCUGUCCGGCUUCGUGGCGCUCUUCCACAUCAGGAGGGUGAUGAAGACCGGCGGGGAGAACACGGACAAACUGGAGAAGCUCAUGGUGAGAAUCGGGGUCUUCUCAGUGCUCUACACGGUGCCGGCCACCUGUGUGAUCGCCUGUUACUUCUACGAGCGCCUCAACAUGGAGUACUGGAAGGUCCUGGCCACCCAGCACACGUGCAAAACGAACAACCAGACCAAGAGUCUGGACUGUCUGAUGGCCGCCUCCAUCCCCGCCGUGGAGAUCUUCAUGGUGAAGAUUUUCAUGCUGCUGGUGGUGGGGAUCACCAGCGGCAUGUGGAUCUGGACGUCCAAGACCCUGCAGUCCUGGCAGAACAUUUGCAGCCGCAGGUUCAAGACAAAGAGCAGGAGGAAACCG